UAAAAUUCGUUGACAAGAAUCAACCGCAACCCAGAAGUAUUUCCUGAAAUUUCAUCAAAAUAUUUUAAUUCUUUUACAUGUUUUACCAUAGAAAUUAAACCUGAUGUUUUUAUCGGAGAAGUCGUUCCAUGAAGGAACGUAUAUUUGUCCGAGAGAGAUGGAGGAAGAGAAUGAUUUCUUCAAUGAAAGAUUAAGGAAGACCUUGUACUAUGGAAAACUCCCUGGAACCGAGAGACCUUCUUUACCUGUCACAGAUUUAUUGGUUGAUUUUUACAAUGAAGCUGCACCAAGAGAGUUGGGAAAGCUAGAUAACUAUCUUGCGGCCUCCACGUCCAGGUCGGCGUGUAUUUCACCGUCCUCAGUAAUGGCUGGUAUGGUAUAUGUAAAGCGUCUGAAGAAAAAACAGCCCGACUAUCUGACACAAGUUUCCUCUUCUGAACUGUUCCUUAUUUCUAUGAUGAUGGCUUCGAAAUUUUUAUAUGAUGAAGGUGUAGAUGAAGAAGUGUUCAAUGACGAAUGGGCGAAUUCUGGUGACGUUGAAACUGAAGAUGUUAACCAACUGGAAUUGGACUUUCUUUCGGCAAUCGACUGGCAGCUGUUUGUUAGACCUGAAGAAUUUCAAGAAAUGCUACAUAAGGUUGAGAAGAGGAUUGCAUUAAAACAAGGACUAGAGAGGGGCUGGUUCUCUUACACGGAUCUUAUGGUGCUGUCUCAAGAUUUGAAAUUCAUGAACUGGAGUGACCUUGUAACUGAACUUUCGACUGUAUUUUCGGCAACUUCACUUGCGUACUUGGCUGGUAUACUGACGAUGGUUGGAUCCACAAUGUUGGGAACAGCAACGACCUUGACCUUGGUGAACUCUGGCUCAGCCAUCCUUCCACUGUGCAUCAGAGUCCUGCCAGCAUUGACCUUGUACCCAGAACUUUCGCUGGAGGUUACACAUCCAAGGUCAUUGGUUGAGAUACCAAGGUCAGAGGUCAUGGAAAGAAAUAGAUCAGACUCGACUGACAGUAUGUUGAAUGGUCAAGAAAGUCUGCAAGAAUGGAUUGAUAAUAACACAGGUUCACAUGGGGAUGCCGCCCAACUUGCAGAUUCAGAAGUUGAUGACGACCUUGAACUGAAGUAUGACUCAAGGUCACAAGUCAAAGAAAAUGGACUGCUUAAUGGAUUCUUACAACCUUUCCUUGCUCUUGUUACUCUAAAAGACACAUUUCUGAACUUUGCUUAUGGUGCCAAACUUACAUAUGAACCAAGUAACGACUCCGAUCAAAAUGACCCUGAAACCAUAGAUACGACCUUGAACCCCGAGGAAACCAAAGAAUUCUGUUCAUCCGGACCCUGUCUUGUUGAUUCUUGGCCAAACUGUUGGAACGUUUCUAUAGCAAUGGACUGGCUUACACCUGGAACUUGGACUGAGGGAACAUGUGAAGAUGAAAGUAGAUGCUGUAAACAGUGCUCUAGGAACCAAAAAAUGAACACUAAGGAAGGACCUCAAAACCGAUUCUAUCACGGACUUGACACUGCUAUGUUGAAUGAUGCCGAAAUAAUCCACUGUUGUUGUCGACUGGAGAACACGGGAGAUUCGUGGUUGAAGGGUUCUUUGCAUUCGCGGAUAAUGGACAUUAAUCUAAGAUUUGCCACACAACCAGUCUAUCCAAUAUUUGUCACAACUUGAUCCACGGAAUCCAAAUAACAAAUUUUUGUUUCAAAUUUUGAUAUAUUUAGGUUAAUUUUGAAUUUUUACUUUCUGUUUGAUAAUAAAUUGGUGCUAUAUAUACAUUUAGAGAUGUGCUAAAAUCAUGAGAUGUAAGUUAAGAUCAGUUUUAGAAGGUAAAAUACUAAAAGAAAUGUAUAUAAAUAUAAGUAUAAAUAUAACUAUCACAAGUUAAAAGUUUAUCACCUUGAAGAGAUUGUUAAAAGGCUAUAUUUAGACUUUUUGUGCUAUUUUAGUAUAAUUUAAUUUGGAACAAACAUUUGUUUGCAUGCUGCUUAAUCCGGACAUAACCAAAUAUUUAUUAUUAUUAUAAUUUUUAUUUAAAAUAUAUUACAGCGCAAUGUUUUCAUCUGUCAUAAGUUUCUAAAAUGAUAAGUAAGACUAAACCAAAGUAAAAAAAAAACUUGAAAUAAUGUAUUAAACUUUUGAUAAUGUUACUUAACAAUUAAAAAAAAAAUCCAAGCAAAACGUGAACAGUAUUUUCAAUACCAAGUGCUUAUUUGAUUUUUUUUAAUAAGAAAAUUACUGAAGGGUUUCUUAAAUAAAGUGACAUUAAGCACAUUUUUCUGCUGUCAUUAAUUAAGCUGAAUUAGCUAUUUUGUUUCAAAAGUUGUAUGUUGUAAUACUUAUUGAUCAGUAAUUGAUAAUGAAAAAAAAAGGUCUAGGAUAAAAUAUAUAAUCACUGCUCCACUCUUGUUACUUAUACAUUGCAAAGGACAUUUACAGAAUUUUCUAAGAAUCAAAUGGUUUAUAAAUUACAUUAUAUUUCUUGUUGUACUUUACAUAGGAGCCGCGUCACAACAAAACCAACAUAGUGGGUUUGCGACCAGCAUGGAUCCAGACAGUCUGAUUAGGAUCCUUGCUGUUCGCUAUCAGUUUCUGUACGUGUUAUAGGGUUUGUAAAUGAACAGCAUGAAUCCUGAUCAGACUUCGCGGAUGCGCAGGCUGGUCUGGAUCCAUGCUGGUCGCAAACGCACUAUGUUGGUUUUGUCAUGAUGCGGCUCAUAUGUAAAGUACAACAAGAAAUUGAAAGCAAUUAUAUCAAAAUGUAAAGUUUGCCUGUUAUCUUGCAUAAUGUCACUUUAACCUAUGACUUUAGUUUAAUUUUUCAAUUCUCUCUUUCUACUAAUUUGAAAAUACAAAAUUAUAUUUCAUUCCUUUUUGUAGACAUUUUCAAAGAAGUAAGUUUUUUUUGUUAGUUAUUUUUAAAUCUCAUUUGUAUCAUAGCAAAUGGCCGUUUUGAACUUUAAUGAAUUUCGUCAAACAAUAAAAAAACUAAUCUUUUUUUUCGAAUAUUCAUAUUCUUUUUUCAAUGUUCGAAUAUUCAAUAGUGUUUCCAAUAUUCGAAUAAAAUUCCUGGCCUUGAAAAAAACAAAACAUCAGUCUAUUUUGAAAAAUAAAAAAUCUGUUCAAUUUGAUAUAUGGAGAAACAUCUGAAUGUUUUAUAAUUAUGUAUUUGUUGAUUUUCUUUUUCCAGUUUCCUGAUAACUUGUACAUAUCAUAAUAAAUUGAGACAACAUUAGCAAGUUCUUUGUGUUGCAACAAUUGAUAUAUAAUAAAUAAUAAUAAAGAUCUUGAUAUUAGUUCAGAAAACAUGUACUGUAUUAUACAACUGUUUUAUUUUGAGGACCAUCUUGUCAUCUUGAAAUAUAUUUAUUAAUUUAUUUGACCAAAAAUGUUGAACAAUAUUUAUGAAGCCUGAACAAUUAAAACUUACACUGAGCAAA